UAGAUCUAAAUCUGUAAAUCAUAAUAAUAAAGCCCACGCAAAUUGCUCCUAGGUGUGGCUCAAUCAUAGCUCAAUGUUCACUGAUUAAAAAAUGGCUACCCCAACUGUUAGUGUAUUACUAGAGGCUAAGGCUGAACUCGGUGAGGCUCUAUUUUAUGAUCCAAAAGCAAAUGAGCUCAUUUGGGUUGACAUUGAUGGAAUGAGUGUCAACUUCACCAGUUUGGAUGAAACUGGAGGUAGUAGCAGUAUAAAUAGGAAACUUCAACUGAAGGAGAAGCCAAGCAUUGCUAUACCCUGCAAGAGUGGGAAAGGAUUAUUAGUGACUCUUGGGCGUAAACUGUGUAUCAUUAAUCGUGACAAUGGUGACGUGUUAAAGGAAUUGAUCUCUGUUGAGUCAGAAAAGGAGCGUAAUUUUUUUAAUGAUUGCAAGUGUGACAGGUUGGGUCGGUUCUGGGGUGGAACAAUGUGCCCUCCUACUACCCGUACGCCACCAAUUCACAUUGAUAAAAUAGGAAGUUUAUAUUCAUACGAUGGAGUGUCUAUUAAGCAUCAUUUACCUGGCAUUGGCAUGUCAAAUGGACUGGAUUGGAGUCCUGAUGGAAAAACACUGUACUUUACUGAGUCACUCCCUCCAAAACAUAUCUAUUCUUUUGAUUUUGACGAGACAAAUCCGGCCAUCUCCAAUCAAAGGGUAGCCAUUGAUUACUCUACUAAUGUGGAGUUGGGUGUCCCUGAUGGAUUGUGCAGUGACAGUGAGGGCAAGCUUUGGGUGGCUGGAACUUUUGGUAAGAAUAAUAUCAUUCGCUGGGAUCCAGUGACAGGGGAAAAGCUGUUGGAACUUCAAGUUCCUGUUUUGAGACCAACGUCAUGUUGUUUUGGUGGUCCAAAGUAUGACACACUUUAUGUGACUUCAGGAAUAUUUGGUGCUGGACCUGAAGAGAUUGAGAAGUUUCCUCUCUCUGGUAGUAUAUUUUCUGUGACUGGUCUUGGAGUCACUGGAUUACCUGCUAACUUGUUUGAUGACUCUAAAUGUAUUUGAAUAGAAAAUGGUUAUAUUAUAGAUCUAUAAUCAUUGAUAUUUUCAUGCACUGAUAUGUGAUUUUACUAAUUAAGAUUUGCUAUGU